AUGCAGACCAAGAGUCCAGAGCUCACCCCUUCACUAGGCGUCGGCCUCGAAAACGCGUCGGCCGACGUCAACCUGCUCCACAUGAAGCUCAUCCACCAUUUUAUUACCGUCACGGCCGACACCCUCAUCUUUGGCGAGCACAUCUGGCAAAGGGACGUGAUGAUGCUCUCGUUUAAGCACGACUUCCUCAUGCAUGCCAUCCUCCUUGUUUCUGCGACGCACCUCUCCUUUCUCGAUCCAUUCGACCAGUCAUAUCAUCAAGCGUCUUUGUUACAUCUUUCCAAGACACUCCGCCCGUUCCAACGGGCUCUUGCUCAACCCUUGACAGCGUUGGGCGCUGACGCCCUGAUAGCGACCUCUGCACUACUAGUCCAUCAUGCAUGGGCCACGCCUGAUAUGUCCCCCAUACCGUCCACGAAUCCGGACCUGCCAGUUGAAGACCCCCUUCUCAACCUCAGCGUAGAUCCUCUGUUUCCACUUUCUCAAGGCCUUCGCCAAAUCAUCAUGGUCGCCUUUAAGCACAAUGCCCCGAACGACAGCAUUUUCACAUCUGCACUACAUCAGAGGCGGUGCCAUAACAUCACUCGGGGUGUCCAUACCGAUGUACAAUCAGCAACAGAAUUGGAAAGAUCAAUCAGCGCUGGAAGUGAGACUCCCGCUGCCACAAAUGAUCUUGGCCUUAAGGCUGUAGACGGCCAGGACAGAGGAGAGCGCACUUGCGAGGCUGCGAACACUUCACAGCGCAGGAGUUCUUGGGACACAUCGUUCCUCAUGGGUCUCGUCCAUACCCUGUUGUUGCAAUUCCCUCUCAACACCAGUAUGACCGGUCCCCACCAACCUAGGGAACGGUCACCCAGUCCAGACGCAGUCGACUCGGAUGCACGUCCUGAAGCGGCACUUCAGCCUUUGCCGGACAUGGCGCGCCAUUUGUUUUACUUCCCUACGCAUUCCACCAACAUGUUCAGAUCUCUUAUCAAGCGAAAUGAUUCCUGCGUGCUGCUGAUCUUAUUUUUCUAUUACCGGACCAUCGAGUCGCUUCUUCCAGAAAGACAGUGUUGGUGGUGUCGGAAAAGAGUAAAGAUACUGGGUCCUGCGAUAAGGCGUCAACUGAGCGCCAGGGACGAACAGAUAAAAACAGUCAUGGAAGAAGGCGAGAAAAUGCUGGAGGACAAAUUGGCGCGACCCUGUAGGCCGCCACAACUACUGGUGGAUGCUAGUCCAGACAUCGGAGCAGACACAAGACUGAAGAGCUGGCAUCUGUUGGAGAGACUGGGAUGGAGGUGGAAAAUGUCACUUCCCGUGGAUGGAAACUGA